ACGAUAGACCAAUACAUUGGGAUAUUUUAUCUCAUGUUUGUUUAUAAUGUUGUAAACCAAAUUAAAUCAACAUUCUGUACAUUUUGGGACCAUGUCAGACUACGACCAUGCACGCAUAAAAAAAUUGGUUCUAAAAGGAGAAAAACAUAAAAAAAGCAAAAAACGCAAGAAGGAAAAGGAUGAGGCUGGAUCUUCCAAGAAGCCCAAGGUAGUGGUGGACGAGGAUGCAGUGGAGCAUGGCGGCUGGUGGGCAGCAAAGACGGCAGCCGACAUCACCGGCACAGUGUCUAUUGAGUUUGGCGAUAGGAGUUACCUGAAGGCCAUGGAUAAUGGUCUCUUUACAUUGGGGGCGCCCCACAACGCCGGCGAUGGUCCAGAUCCCGAGGAGAUUUUCACGGCCUUCCCCAUCAACGACCGAAAGGUAGCCUUCAAAUCUGGCUAUGGCAAGUACUUGAAAAUUGAAAAGGAUGGAAUGGUAACGGGUCGCUCCGAAGCUGUGGGUGGUAUGGAGCAGUGGGAACCCGUUUUUGAGGAAAAACGAAUGGCUCUUUUAUCCGAAACCGGCCAUUUCAUGUCUAUCGAUCCGGAAGACGAUGCCUGUGUGGCAUUGCGAAAGAAGGUGGGUCAGCAUGAGAUCUGUAAGGUGCGGAGUAAUGCCAGCAGGGAUGUUAUCAUCGAUACGGAGCCCAAGGAAGAAAAGGGAGACUUGGGCGAAGUCGAGAAGAACUAUGUGAAAAAGUUUCAAAAGUUCCAAGACAAGAAGAUGCGCAUCAAUCAGAACGAUGUCAAGGAACUCGAACAGGCCAAAGCUCUGGGAUCUUUGCAUGAAACUCUUCUGGAUAGACGCAGUAAAAUGAAAGCGGAUCGGUAUUGCAAGUAACCCGAUUCGAUCAGUUCAUUGUUCCCCAAUCAUUAAACAUUGUAACCCAUAAAAAAGGGA